UUAGAGAAUCUUAUGAUAAAAUGGGUGGCACGCGAUGCGUAUUUCGUGACUGCCAAGUCUCAACACAACGCAAUCCCAAAAUGCAUUUUUUCAAACUGCCAGUUCGUGAUCCAGUUCGCCUGGAAACUUGGCUUAAGAAUUGCGGCAACGCUGACAUUUUAAAUGUUGCAAAGGAGAAAUUAUCCAAUCGCGCUGUUUGUGCGCGUCACUUUCGCUACGAAUGCUUUAUGAACUAUAAAUUAGAUCGACUAAUACCAAAUCAGACGCCCACUUUGGUGCGCGUCAGUAAGGAUCUGGCCUGGGACAUGGAGCACCUCGACGAGAAUGGUGAGGCAACAAUGGUGAAGCUUUCCAUGCCCACAUUGGAGCAUUUAAUACCUCCCCCAAAUUUCGAAUGUCCACUCGGCUUCACCGAUGACGCACGAUUUGGACGAAAAUACGUAGCGAGAAGACGAACGCCACCCAAGCCCCUGAUCCUCGAGCCAAAUAAAAGACAAAAACUUGGGCAUGAGCAAGGGAAUACAGCUGAAUCAUCUAUAAUCGUUGACACUGGUAAAGAACAGCCACUGAGUGGAAAAGACAUUGAUAUGGGGCCUCUAACAGACGCAAAUGUAACAGAAGAGAUGCACGAAGACUAUCAGCUUAAAUAUGAGCAAUUGAGAACAAACUUUGAGCAACUCUCUAAAGAGAAUGCCGAUUUAAAGCAAACAAUCGAGAGACUAGAAGCUCAAGCUGAAGUAUUAAAGAGCUCCUCUUCCACCUCUGUGGCUCCACAAUUGACCAAGUCUCAGCUGUACAACGGCAUUAAAAAGUAUCUGGGUGCAACAAUGGCUGCACUCGUGCGCAUGGAAAUGUUCGGCGGCGCAGAGCGUCCAUGGAAAGAGGAUGAACGGGAUUUUUCCAAGGAGCUGCUACAGUUGGGCGAGCACGUCUACACACACUGCUGUGAUGAAUGGCGAUUUCGAUUGCCCUCAUUGCGUAUGGCACGCAGUUGGCUGGAAGAUAAACACACCGAAGAAAACGAAGGAGAACAGUUAUAAAAGCUAGAUAAUCAUAUUUUCAUAUUGGCAACUAUCUUAAUUAGAUAUAUAUAAAAAACUUACUCUUAUACGACUGUCUUACUUAGUUUUGGCAUCAAUGCCA